CUUCAUCAUUGAGCUAGGUGAUGCCAUCCAUAAAGCAUCGCCACCUGCAUGUUUUUUGGAUCCUCACCAUCCACUUCCACACUUCCUUCAAAACCCUCUCCAGCUAUCGACUCUAUCACUCUACGCUUUCAUAGUUCACCCUCUUGAUCAUCAGAUAUUGCCUUGCCCUUACAUAGUAGACCUUCAACUAAUUAGCUUCCUGAUUCCUCUGGAUUUGUGGUUGUCCUGCUUCCGUUGGAGAUCAAACACCUAUUCACUAGAUACACACCCCCUCUCUUCAGAAACCAUAUAUGGCUUUUCUCCAAUCCAAGGUCCCGAGCAAGUAUUUGAAGGGCAAAAACGAUCUGUGUGCCCUGAUAUGCUAGAUAUGAAAAAGGAAUUUGCAAAUCUCUCAUACCUAAAAUCCGCUCACAUCUAGAUGUCAUCUUCGUCUGGUCAUUGGUGCACCUUCCAUAUCAAUCUAGACUCCAAAGCCAAGAAACAAGCCACUACAUCCUAAUCCCAAGGCGUAGGGCGGCGGUACAAUCAAAAUUAAACCUUAGGCGUCAUAGGCGACUAGCGCCUCCCAAGAUGCCAUAUUCAGUGCCGAUCCUACCUAAAUUCGGGCCUGAGUCGAACUUACUAAAAAGAAUGUGCAGAAUGUGCGGUACGUUUCAAGAAUUUAUGGUCGGGCGCGCCUGACCAGAUAAGUUUUCUACAUAUGUAUACUAUAAAAAUAUCUUAAAGUUUGGGCCCCUAAAAUUGUAACAUUUUUGGGGCUCUGAGGCCCAUGCCUCACCCGCCUCAAAGGAAGCACGACUCUGGUUGUAUUGUCUUGAGGGGCGGGGAGAAGAGGCAGAGAAGACCCAAACAAACUUGGAUUAUAGGAAUCAUAACUGACAAGCAUAUUCUUGGAUUGGAUGAGAGUAUUGAUUUGGAGAGUGUAAAGUGGAGGGCACACAUCCGUAUGGACGAUUGAUGUCUUUUGUACAUUUCCUCUCUCUUCUCUAUUAUCGUUUUUUUCUUUCUCUUCUCUAUUACUCCCUCCGUCCCAUAAUGUUUGGGACAAAGGAGUGUGGCACAAAUUUUAAGAAAAAGUGGAAUUGUGUGGUGGGUGUUGAGUUGAUAAAGUGUGAAUAAAGUAAGAAUGAAUUGUAACCACCCAAAUAUUUCCAAAAAUAGUAUGGGACAAACAAAUUGGGACACCCCAAAAUGGUAAACUGGGACAAACAUACGGGGACGGAGGGAGUAUGAUUUAUCUUUAUCUUUUUAUAUUCUAAUGUUAUUUUUAUCUUCUAGCUUUUUUAUGUUCUUUUAUCUUUCUUAUAUUCUUUUGGUAUUGUUAUCUUAUACUCCGUAUUUUUUUUUGGUAUUUUAUCAUCUUUUUUGUUUUUUCUUUCUUGUCUGUCUUCUGUGUUUGGCAACGAUAUUAUAGAUCAAUUCAUGUUAGUCGACCCCAAAUUCUUUUGGGAUUAAGGCUUGAAUGUUAUUAUUGUAGUAUUGAAAAAAGAGGCGUGGAUAAAAUUAUGACCGAAGUUAUUAUGAAUGGCUCAAUAGUCAUUAUGAUGUAAAAUUUAACAUUGUGAUGAUUACCAAAAUUACUCUUAUAGACAUUGAAGUAUAAAUAGUCAUGUUUAUGUAUUCUAUUUAUUUUAAGGCAAAAUUAACACCAAUAAUCUUUACUAUCACACACUUUACAAAAAUAAUCCCAACAACAAUGUUUGACCAUUGACAUACUACCUCCAUUCAUAUUCAAAGUUUUUACUUUUCUUUUUUGGAUGUUCCUGAAUAAAGUCAUAUUUCUUUAUUUGGUAAACAAAAUAGUGCAAAAUAAUGUCAUUUGCUUAAUAUGCAUGAGUGCAUGUCAAAGUGGGAACUUUAAAUAGGGACUGAGGAAGUAUUAAUAUGUACACUUAUAAAACUUAUAAUAAACUAAUAUUUCAAUAAUAUAUACACAAAUGAAGCAUUCAAAAUUAUUUUAGUAUUAUAAAAUAAUAUCAUCUUUGAAUAUUUAACCUCAAAGUUAACUAUUCAAAGUUAACAAAGUAUUACACAAAUUAAAAGACAAACUGUGAAUUUAAUUAGGGAACGGAGGGAGUAUAAAAUUUGACUAAGUUAUAGCUCAUUAUCAUGUACUCCCUUUGUCCCUUAAAAUUCUUUUCACUUACCAUUCUAAGAUGUCUCAAAAAAUUCUUCUCAUUUUUUUGAAAGGUUUGUGUGGUUAACAUUUAUUUACUUUUUUCUUAUUCAAUCACAACCAUACAUUUUCACUUUAUUCCCACUUUCUUAAGCUUCAAUCCAGUCAAAUCAGGAAGAAUCUUAUGGGAUGAAAGUACAACUUUGUAUUAAUAUUUAAUGUAGUAGUAUUAAAAUACUUGUGAAAUCUCUAUAAUAAUGAAAAACACAAUUGGAUAUAAAUAGAUAUUGAUAAGAAAUAAAAGAUAAAAGAGAAUUUGAUGAGCAUGUUCAAAUAUUUCUACUAUAUUUUAUGAAAAAUAUUGAAUAUUAAAUUUAUUUAUAGCAUAAAUUAUUUUAAGCUUCAAUAUA